CAGAUAACGUAUAACCCAACAAAAUCGUUCAACACUCUUUCUCUUGCUCUGCCUCUCAGUCUAAAAAAUUGAUGCAUGCACUAGAGUGAAUCUAUGGAACUGGAAGGCAUUUUCACUUGUAGAUUUUCUGAUUGCAACUCCCUUAAAUUCUACUCCAGGAGCAGCAGCACAAGGAGGAAGACCAACUUUAGAACCAAGUGGAUGAUAUGCUGCCGCAGCAAGAAUAACAGUAGAACUACUAGGAUUACUACAGUUACUGAUCAUGACACGCCUAUUGCCAAGAGGGAUUCACUUUUUAUCGACAAACGGGGGAAAUUAAGAAGCUUCGAUCAUAAGAAGUUGUCCCGGAAGAAAGGCGGUACACUGAGAGGAACGGGAUGGAAGUACGGGAAUGGGUUUGUAGAUGGUGUAUUCCCAGUGAUGAGUCCCACCGGUCAGCAACUACUCAACUACCUGCAGAAUUAUAACGAAGCACAAUUAGAAGAUGGCAUCAGUACAAUCUGGAACACUCUUGAUUCUCUUAGUCCAACUCACACUACAUGGGAUGACAUUAUAAAUGUAAUUGUUCAACUUCGUCUCAACAAACAAUGGGAUCCAAUAAUCAUGGUGUGUGAAUGGAUUUUGUACAGAAGCUCUUUCCAGCCAGAUAUCAUGUGUUAUAAUUUACUGAUAGAUUCUUACGGACAAAAAUCUCAUUACAAAAAGGCGGAAUCGAUUUACCUCCAACUUAUGGAUGGAAGAAUAGUGCCUAAUGAAGAUACCUAUGCACUUCUUUUGAGAGCCUAUUGCUCAUCAGGGUUGCUAGAUAAAGCUGAAGCUGUGUUUUCUGAGAUGCAAAAGUACGGGCUUCCCCCAAGUGUGGUUGUGUACAAUGCUUAUAUUGAUGGAUUAUUAAAAGGAAGAAACACAAAAAAGGCAGUGGAGAUUUUUGAGAGGAUGAAGAGAGAUCGUUGCCAGCCAUCUGCAGAUACAUAUACCAUGAUGAUUAAUUUAUAUGGAAAGGCUCGUAGGUCUUUUAUGGCUUUAAAGGUAUUCAUGGAAAUGGUCAGUCAAAACUGCGAGCCUAAUAUAUGCACGUACACUGCGUUAAUCAAUGCAUUUGCAAGGGAAGGACUCUGUGAGAAAGCAGAAGAGAUAUUUGAGGAGCUACAGAAAGAAGGUUAUGAGCCUGAUGUUUAUGUUUACAACGCACUCAUGGAAGCUUACAGUCGUGCAGGUUUUGCCCAGGGGGCUGCCGAAAUAUUCUCGCUCAUGCAGUAUAUGGGAUGUGAUCCAGAUAGAGCUUCAUAUAAUAUUAUGGUUGAUGCAUAUGGCAGAGCUGGUCUUCAUGAGGAUGCCCGAGCAAUAUUCGAAGAACUAAAAAGACACGGAAUGACCCCAACAAUGAAGUCUCAUAUGCUACUCCUAUCAGCAUACUCAAAGUCCGGAAACAUAGCUAAAUGCGAAGAAAUUGUGAACCAAAUGCAUAAAUCCGGUCUCAAACCCGACACAUAUGUCUUAAACAGUAUGCUUAAUAGCUACGGCCGAACAGGUAAUUUAUCGAAAAUGGAAGAGGUUUUCAAGGCAAUGGAAAAUGGACCGUACACAACUGACAUAAGCACCUAUAACAUAUUGAUCAAUGUAUAUGGUCGAGCAGGAUUUUUGGAGAGAAUGGAGGAGUUGUUUAGAUCUCUUCCUAGUAAGAAUUUGAAACCUGAUGUGGUUACAUGGACUUCAAGAAUGGGAGCAUACUCUAAGAAGAAACAGUACUUGAGAUGUCUAGAAAUAUUUGAAGAAAUGAUUGAUGCUGGAUGUUAUCCGGACGGAGGUACUGCGAAAGUUCUUCUGUCAGCAUGUUCAAGUGAUGACCAAAUUCAACAGGUUACUACUGUUAUCAGAACAAUGCACAAGGAUAUGAAGACCAUGUUGCCGUUAUAAUUUGGGAUAUUUGUGGAUAUAUCUCCUAUUUAAUAUCGUGAUCGGAGAUAUGUGCCUUAUUUGUAAAAGUAAAAUAGUACUCCCUUCGUCCCGAAUGCUAGUCAUUUUCAAAUUUUGUCCCAUUAAUAGUUGAUUUUAUAUCAUUUGAUAGUCAUGUUUACAUUCGUUA